AGUGGAGAUGAUUUCUCCAAUAACCUGUUCACAGAUCUUGGCCCAAUUUUGGCUCUCCUCGGAGAGCGUGUUACCAUGCAAUUCCUAAGCCAGUGCAUGGGGUGGUCCGAAUGCAUCAUCCUCGCGGCAGCGCCUCUCGGUAUCUUGACAAUAAUUGUCGCCGCCAUAAGAGUUGGUGGUCCUCCGUGGCUUAAGGCUUUGGUAGGGCGGGCAACCGAAAAUAUCGCCACGGCUGAAUUGGAGCUCAUGUCUUCUACCUCCAACGAGGUCUGCGAGCUCUGGAACGGCAAAGACGUAGUCCGCUGCAUGGGAUCUGCCCCCAUAUGGGAAUUUAUCUGUUUGGUGCCUACCAGAGGGACGCCAAAGAAUCCAGUUGUAAGAAUAUUGGAAAUCCAAGAAGCAAGCAGCUACAUACAAAGAAGCUAUGAGGUCAUCGUGGUGAGAAAUUCACGCCAUCCUGCUCCGAAUAUUUCUCACAAUCGCUCAAAAAAUACUGGGCAAGGUGAGCUUUACUUCGUUGCUUGCCUCGGCAUUGCUCUACAAACAGGCGUGAUAGUAUACAGUGGCCUUAUCACCCAGUACUCUAAAAUCACGCCUAGUUUUCGAAAGGAUGAGAAGCCAGUUGGUAAGUAUGCAUUUCCACUAGUCGUGGCCGGCACGGUGAUAUUAAGCAUCGGCAUAUUUAUCUGUUCCCACGUGGUGGAAAGCAGCACAAAGGAGGAAAUUUAUACGCCCGUGGAGGGAUGGAGAGCGCAGCUGGUAUGGCUUCAACAAGAGAAAACUGUUGGUGAUCAGGAAUUAAAAUCCUUUGCCCUCUUCACAGGAAAAGAUCAACCGAGGAUUAUCACGUCCAGCAGAGUGGAGCAAGAUCAAACAGCUACAGGUCGCGAUACGCUUUUUGCUUUGGAAUUUAAGACUUUCACAGGGGCUAUUAUUAGCCUAAUCGGAUUUGUUGCUCAGUUUAUUGGCACACGGGGAAUGCAUUGGUCUGCGUCUAUCGCCUCCUUGGUUGCAAUUUCCAUCAUGACGGCUUUGAGGGCAUGGGUACGUCGUGGAUUAACGACCCCGAUACUGUCCGAGCCUCUUAUUCCUGGGUUUGAGCUCGACUGGUUUGCAGAUACAUUCAAAGAUCUUAAGAAUG